AUGAAUAGGGGGAAGAAAUCAAAAAAACCUACUUACUCAAAUCUACCCAAAAAACGUAGAAACGCGCCACCGCUAAACAAUCGCGAUAUUAUGCCACCUCCUCCUUCGCAAAAAAAUACGGCCGAAAAUGUGUAUAGGCCACAACGUGUUGAAGAUUUCUUGAAUAGUAUGGAUCCAUUGUUUUUCGAUUCUGUCCCGUCAAGUGUGCAACCAAAUACCGGGUUUUCGGGUUUUGCGAAUGAAACUCAACCCGGGUUUUCGGGUUUCGCGGGUGGUUCAUCAUCACACUUUGCGACUCAGCAGGUUCAAGAAGAAGAAGAAGAAGAAGAAGAAGAAGAAGACGUGGUGGAGGAAGAGGUGGAAGCAAUACCCGAGACCCAAGUCUCGGUUAAAGAUAAAAGAGAGUGUCGAAAUUGGGGGAAGGAUGAAGAGGCGUGUUUGGCAAAAGCUUGGUUAAACGUUUCUGAGGAUCCAUACGUCGGAAACGCCCAAACGGCGGGUUCGUUUUGGAAGAAGGUGAAGUUUCAGUUGGACUUACACUUGAACCGUGAAUCGGGACGUACCCCUGAAAUGUGUCGGUCGAAAUAG